AUGGGAGAUUUGGGAGGACUUCAGUGGUAUGACUCCCGCAAUAUAGCCCGAGUUAAUGAGAAGUGGGGGAUGAGUAAUAAUAAAGAGACUCUGACCAGGGUCGAAAUCUAUUGCUCAGGCUAUGAAUACGCCGGUCGUAGGGCCGAUACGGGCGAACGUGUUAUGGGUCUGGAAGGGGGCCGUACGGUCUCCACCUCUAUUAACGCCACCCUCUCGGGUAUGACUAAAAUACCCGACCACUGGUCUAUGGCCGACGCGUCCACUAUUAUUAACAAUUAUAGUACGCUCUGGUAUGGACUCAUAAAACGUGCCAAUUUGAAGAAAGGCGAAAGCAUUUUAAUUCAUUCGACGGCGGGAGGUAUCGGACAGUCGGCUCUAAAUAUCUGCAAACACUAUGAGUGCGAUAUCUAUGUGACGGUCGGCACGGAUGAGAAAAAACAGUUUCUUAUGAAUGAGUAUAACAUACCGGAGGAAAGGAUACUGAACUCGAGGGACAUUUUGUUCAAGAAUCAGAUCAAAGAGUUAACGAAUGGAAAGGGAGUCGAUAUUGUGAUCAACUCGUUAGCCGGAGAGAAACUGGAUGCCAGUUAUGAGUGCCUGGCUAAUUGUGGCAGAUUUGUAGAGAUCGGGAAGUUUGAUAUGUUUCAAAACAAGCAGCUGGGUAUGUUUGACUUCCUGAGGGACAUACAGUUUAUUGGUGUGGGAAUGGACGCCGUCUUUAUGAAUGACCCUAACUUUUGGCAAGACUUUUACGAUUGGAUGCAUAAGAAUAGUACGAAUGGUUGCGUAAAACCAUACAAUUAUACCCUUUAUAACGCCUCGGAUGCGGAUAAGGCCUUCAGAUUCAUGACAACCGGUAAACACAUCGGGAAAGUAGUCAUCAAAAUGAGAGACGAAGAGAUGGAUAGACAGCCACUGAAAGCCAUUAAUCCGGCCGUCGAUAUGAUGGUUACGGUUAAGACAUACUUCAAUCCAAACAAAGUAUACAUAAUAACAGGUGGUUUGGGUGGGUUUGGCACACAACAACUCCUAAAAGAGGCCCAAAAGUUGGGACCCAUUGGAGGGGUAUUUCAUUUGGCACUCGAACUCAACGAUUGCUUUAUAGAGAAGCAAACGUUUGAUAAGUUUUACUCGACUAUUGGAAAUGUAAGUCAGACUAACUACGCAUUUGGGAACUCCAUGUGUGAACGUAUUUGUGAAAAACGCCGGAGGGAUGGCUUACACGGACUGGCCGUACAGUUCGGACCCAUCGGUGAUGUCGGAGUGUUUGCCAACUCAGGUGACUGGCUGUCAAUGACGUCAAUGAGGGCACAACGGAUCCACUCGUGUUGCGAUGUUUUGGACAAAUUGUUGGCAAUUAAACAGCCGAUCGUUACGUCAUAUAUCAUAAAGGAUGGUACCUCUACCCCUGGCCUGGGGGCUGAAUUAUGGCGAAGCUUAGGCAUCGACUCCGAGACCACACCCAACCACUUAACCCUGGGUGAGAUCGGUUUGGAGUCCAUAUUUGCCAAUCAAUUGCAACAAGACCUGGAAAGGGAGUGGAAACUUAAAAUCACCCUGAACCAGAUCAAAAGUAUCACAAUCGGCCUAUUAAAGGACUAUGAAUCUGGUAACGUGGAUAAUAUUAAGGCACAUAUUGACGACAUUAAAAGGUGCAAGGCUAAAUUGUUAAAUCAAAAGAUCGUAAUGCCGACCGAAAAAGAGGUUAGCCAACUGAUCAAUCUUAAAGAAAUUAUCAAGCACUACGUGGACUUAUUACAUCACCUGGAGCCAAAAGGCCAGUACGAUGUUUUCGGCUAUUUUGAUAUGUCUAUAGUUUGCUCCAAACUACUGCUGAAGGGAAUGGUAGAUAAGGCUGUUAUUGUGGACAUUAUUAGUGAUCUACAGAUCUGUGACGAACAGCUCACCGACGACCUAAUGCUGGAGCUAAUGAUGAACUACAUGGCCAGUGAUAUACCAGAGCUGUUCAAGAAGAAAAUACUAAGAUAUUCUAAAAAUGAGCAGGAUACCAACGCUAAGGUGCGGUUUAUUGUUAAUGAAAUCCUGGAGUUUGCCGGCAAAGGACUACAGGCGCCCGAUAUGGAGGAGAUAUUUCACGUAAUGAUAGCCCGGAUUCGUAUGCUAUCGGAGUAUAGACUCAAUAAACGCAAGAAGUUUUCAAAUCGACUGAAACUCACGAUCGCAAAGAAAUGGGCGAAAAGGACGGGGAAAUUGGUUUUCAUUAAACCGGUUAUGUUUGAUGGCGUCCAUGAUGUGGAUGCGGUGAUGGAAAAGUCAAGGGAUUUGCAUUUCCUACCCGGCUCAAAUGAUGGACAGCAUAAUAUCGAAAUGGAUGUCGUUAACACUACGAGUGUUAUGGACAUAAUGGCCGGGGAGGUAGUCUCAAAAAUAGUCGCAGCCCUUAAAUAACAAUAUUACUAAAAAUAUAUAACCUUGUUUAAUAUUUAAAUAAAUUGCUUUA